CAUGCUUUAGUGUAAUCACGUUUAACCGCAUAUCUUUGCCUUUGUUCCCCUGACAUUCAGUGAAGAAUGGAUCAUCUUUGUUUUCCACAUUUUCUCUGCCAUCUGCGCAUUGUUGACAACAGUCCGUGAUGGGCAUUUUCUCCUAACCAAUGGGUGCAGCCUUUUUGUUUCCCAUCGAGUUCACUGUCCAAUCAGAUGAUAGAUGGGGCGGGGAUUGUUUAAAGAGGUGGGAGACGCGGGUCUGUCAGCGCCAGUUCUGUAGUGCGGCACGGAGAGUCACAGCACUGAUUAUGACAGAGAAGUAUGGAGGAGAAUGGAAACAUCGCGGGUUGAGUUUACCCAGCACGGCGUCGGGGAUUCGGACUGGACGACACUCCUCAAAGACAGAGACUUGAACGGCCGAGCAUCUCCAGCCUCCUGGCUCAGAGGGAAGAUGGGCAGCCAGGGGAGCCCAGUGAAAAGCUACGACUACCUCCUCAAGUUCCUGCUGGUGGGAGACAGCGACGUGGGCAAAGGAGAGAUCCUGGACAGCCUGCAGGAUGGAUCUGCUGAGUCCCCUUAUGCCUACAGUAGCGGUAUCGACUACAAAACCACCACCAUCCUUUUGGACGGCAGGAGAGUGAAGCUGGAGCUGUGGGACACCUCGGGUCAGGGGAGGUUCUGCACCAUCUUCCGCUCGUACUCCCGCGGGGCGCAGGGGAUCCUCCUGGUUUAUGACAUCACCAACCGCUGGUCGUUUGACGGCAUCGACAGAUGGAUCAGAGAGAUCGAUGAGCAUGCUCCAGGUGUGCCUCGAAUCCUGGUCGGCAACCGCCUCCAUCUGGCCUUCAAACGUCAAGUCCCCACGGAACAGGCGAGGGCGUAUGCCGAGAAGAACGGCAUGACCUUCUUCGAGGUCAGCCCGCUGUGCAACUUCAACGUCAUCGAGUCCUUCACGGAGCUGUCGCGCAUCGUCCUGAUGAGGCACGGCAUGGAGAAGUUCUGGAGGCCCAACAGAGUUUUCAGUCUUCAGGACCUGUGCUGCCGGGCCAUCGUCUCGUGCACGCCGGUCCACCUCAUCGACAAGCUGCCGCUGCCCGUCGCCAUCAAGUCCCACCUCAAGUCCUUCUCCAUGGCCAACGGCAUGAACGCCGUCAUGAUGCACGGACGCUCGUACUCGCUGGCCAACCCGGCCGGCGGCUCUAAGGGCAACAGCCUGAAGCGCUCCAAGUCCAUCCGUCCGCCGCAGAGCCCGCCGCAGAACUGCACACGCAGCAACUGCAAGAUCUCCUAACACGCCAUGGCAACAGGGCGAAGGGGGAGGGGUUAAAGGCCUCCUGAAAGCACACGAACAGGAGCGGGUGGGGAGGAACACUACACCUGAUUUUCACUACAUCCGGGAGAACUGGAGGUCACCUGUGCGCCAGCCGGCCUCCAGCUGCUGCUCCUCACCUUCAUUUCAGAUUUACAGACCAAUAAGCUACGAGAAACACUCUGAGCCGCGGCGUUUGCACCUGUGAGGAAGCCCCGCCCACGCGGUCCCGCCGUGCCUUCACGUCCCUUCGAGCUCAGCGUCAUUUCAGAGUAAAACGCUCUGCGGAGCUGCACACCUCCACGGAGGGGGCAGAGAUGCCUGUUGCCAUGGAAACCCUGCAAAAAAUAGUCUUUCUAUUUAAGGUUCCCCCAUCUUUUCUGAACUUUAAUUGAAUUCCAGACACCAUCGACGGAGCUGCAGUUUUCAAAGGUCAGUCUGUGGCUUCCACGCAGGAAUUCUGGGAGCGCCCCCUGCGUGUCGGCAGGACUUCAGCUGCAGAUGAAUUAUUUGGUGCUGCGGGGGAGGCGACGCCGUUUGUGGCUCCAAAUAGACUCAUCUCUCUUUGUUUGGAUGAAUAAGUGAUGUGAGCCGGGCGCCCCGGAGAGGCUGCUCUUCAUCUUCACCCUCUUUCUCCUCUUUUCCUGAUGUUUUUUUUCCCCCUUAAGUUUUCAUCUGUCAGGUUAUUUACCCACAAUGCACCUCUGCGCUCAAUGAGCCUUGGUGGUGAAACAUAAGCUGUUGUGAAAUCCUGAGAACAUUUCUUAGUUUAGUUCAAAGGAGCGGACGCUCCUGCAGAACCUGGAGCUGAACUCACGCUUCCUUAAAAACCGCCACCGCUCAUUCACCUGCGUUACCUGCAUCUCUCAGCUUCAUGGCAGUUACUGACCCACCCCCCGCCUUCACGCCGUCUCUCUCGGCGUGUUUUCCAGCGCCUCCUCUCCGCCGCUCCUCCAUCUGACUGCAUCCCGGAUCUCCCCGGAGACUGACUGCAGCUCCGCUCCGCCUCUGAUCUGCGCCUCCGCGUGCCGUCCCAUGAUUCAUAGCUGCUGAAUAAUAGAUGCUUCUUUCACGGACCUCCGUAGGGCUUCAUCUUCGUCUCUACUCGCUGCACUUUCAUCCUCCUCCUCCUCCUCUCACUGCCAUCUUUCCCUGUUUGUUUGUGAAAACGUCACACUUCUUUCCCUCCAUGUUUGUUUCUCCUCAGGUGGAAACUGUUUUUUUCUGGACUCUGCGUUCCGUUACUCCGUCACAGAAAACAGCUGCUUUGUUCUAGGAAAACAAACCUCUUCCUCAUGGUUCUCAUGUUCAGAUUCAUUCACUUUAGAUAACACAGAAGAUCAAAUUAUCAAAUCCUGCUGAACAGCGUAAACAUUUCUCAAAGAUUCUCACAAAAACAAGCCUGAUUCAUUUUCAUGGAGUGAUCUCUGAGGACAUUUUCGGAGGAAAAUCUGUUUUAAUUUCCUCUUUUUUUAAUGAUACAGAAAGAAAAAAGACUUUUAUUCCAGAUUUGUUAAGAAUUAUCAAUGAAAGCGGGAUUUCUGCAGAAUCCCUCCUUGUCAUCGUCUUCAGCUUCAUCCCUGUCAGAUCCCAGCAAAGAUGAGCAGUCAGACGCUGAAGGCUGGCAGCGUUCUUCUGAUGUCAAAGACGAAGAAGCAGCUCACAGAGCCACUGCCGCUCAGCUUCAGCUGUCAUGAAGCUUUCUGGAGUCUCACCUGCCAUUCUUGUGCUUAGCAUAAGCCGCUGCGUCUCCUGCAGCUGCAAGUCAUCUCCUGCACCUGCAAGUCAUUUCCUUUAGCUCAAGGUCGUCUCCUUUAGCUGAAGGUCAUCUCAUGUGGCUGCUAGUCGUUUCCUUUAGCUGCAGGUCAUCUACUGCAACUAAAGGUCAUUCCCUACAGCUGCAAGUCGUCUCCUACAGCUUCAGGUAGUCUCCUGCAGCUGAAGGUCGUCUACUGCAGCUGAGGGUCAUUCCCUACAGCUGCAGGUCAUGUCCUGCAGCAGCAAGUCGUUUCCUUUACCUAUAGGUAAUUUCCUUUAGCUGUAGGUCAUCUCCUGCACCUGCAAGUCGUCUCCUUUAGCUCAAGGUCGUUUCCUUUAGCUCAAGGUCAUCUUCUGCACCUGCAAGUCGUUUCCUUUACCUCAAGGUCAUCUCAUGCAGCUGUAGGUCAUCUCCUUCAUGGAACAACAGUCCUAGUCCCAAACAGUGUUCUUGAAGAAGCAGCGAGUCCAGCUUCACUUCUUCCUUCUUCUGCUUCAUUAGUUGUUUCUCACCCAGUCGUCCAGUUCAAGAAACACUAAACUUCUGCAAAGGAUUCUGUGAAUUUUGACCUCUGAUUUCGCCUGUUCGUUAAACCAACUUAUUUGACACUAAUUCUGUUUCUUGUUUGGUUGAAGCUGCUGAGUUAUCUGAUGUGUGCGUGCGUGUGUGCGUGCACACGUUUGUGUGUUCUUUUUUUAAAUUAUUGAUUGUACAGUUGAUGGUGAUGAAGAGACUUUUUCACAAUAAAAGUAUUGAAUGUUACAGUCUGAA